AUGCCGUCAAGCCUGGGCCCCAGCAGCAUGGCAGCAGCUCUGCAAGAGGCUCUGGAAAACUCAGGUCGACUCAUCGACCGGCACUUGCAGGAAGAUCGCUGCUUUCCCGACCUGUCGGAGCUACUUAAUGUGCCCUCACACAAUAUGCCCUCUCUGUCUGGGCUUUCAGACAUGGAUUACCCUCUACAAGGACCAGGGCUUAUCAGUGUGCCCAACUUGCCAGAGCUGAGUGCCGUUCGCAGGGUCCCUCUCCCUCCAGAGCUCGUGGAACAGUUUAGCCACAUGCAGUGCAAUUGCAUGAUGGGAGUUUUCCCUGAGAUCAGUAGGGCUUGGCUGACCAUUGAUAAUGACAUAUUCAUGUGGAAUUAUGAGGAUGGCGGAGAUGUGGCAUAUUUUGAUGGGCUGAGUGAAACUAUCCUUUCAGUUGGGCUAGUCAAGCCAAAAGCAGGAAUUUUCCAGCCUCACAUCCACUUCCUAUUAGUGUUGGCUACACCUGUGGAUGUGGUGAUCCUUGGUCUUAGCUUCCCCAAGGCUCAGACAGGGUUAAAUGACAGCAUGUCAGGAGCCAUGCAGCUCCUCCCCGACCCACUCUACUCCAUCCCCACGGACAAUACCUACAUGCUGGCCAUCAGCUCCACAGAUCUGGGACGCAUCUUUCUAGCCGGCAAGGACGGCUGCCUCUACGAGAUUGCCUAUCAGGCUGAAGCUGGCUGGUUCAGCCAGCGCUGCAAAAAGAUCAACCACUCCAAGAGCAGCCUGUCUUUCCUUAUACCAUCCCUGCUGCAGUUCUCCUUCUCUGAAGAUGAUCCAGUUGUUCAGAUCGCUAUUGACAAUUCACGCAACACUCUGUACACAAGAUCUGAGAAAGGAGUGCUGCAGGUUUAUGAUUUGGGCACAGAUGGGCAGGGAAUGAGUAGAGUGGCAGCCAUGUCUCAGAAUUCGAUUGUUUCCGCUGCUGGGAAUAUUGCCAGGACUAUUGAUCGUUCUGUCUUCAAACCCAUCGUUCAGAUUGCUGUUAUCGAUCGUUCUGAGUCCUCUGAUUGCCAGCUCCUGGCUAUCACUCAUGCUGGUAUACGUUUGUACUUCAGCACCACGCCGUUCACUCCACCUAAUGCCAGGCACAACAUGGCCCGGCCUAGCCUGCUGGCUCUGGUACAUGUGCGGCUGCCCCCGGGGUUCUCAGCCUCCUCCACCCUACAAAAGCCUGCCAAAGUACACAAGGCGCUCUACAGCAAAGGAGUUUUGCUGAUGACGUCAUCAGAGACGGAGGACAGUGAUGUACUCUGGUGUAUUAACCAUGACUCCUUUCCCUUUAAGAAGCCACUCAUGGAGGCCCAGAUGACAUCAAAUAUAGAUGGGCACACAUGGGCACUCUGUGCACUAGAAGACACCAAAGCACCUAAAAUCGUAACUCCUUUAAAUAAGGACUUCAUUCCACUAACUGAUUCACCAGUGGUGGUUCAGCAACACAAUAUUCCACCUCAGAAAUUUGUGCUCCUCUCUGCGCAGGGAAGUCAUAUCUUUCACAAACUUAGACCGGUUGACCAAUUGCGCCAUCUGCUGGUAAGCAGUGGUGGUGGAGAAAGUGAAGAGAUUGAGCGAUUCUUCAAACUCCACAGGGAAGAACAGGCAUGUGCCACUGCUCUGAUCUUGGCCUGCUCCAGUGCUGCGUGUGACAGAGAGGUUUCCUUGUGGGCCACUCGAGCUUUCUUCAGGUAUGGUGGAGAGGCUCAAAUGCGUUUCCCUUCUGCUAUGAGUGCACCAAGCAAUGUUGGGCCCCUCCUUGGUUCUCCUGUACCAGGGUCCCCCAUGCCUGUUGGUAGUCCUUUUCCCAAUCCCAGCUUCUUAGCAACACCAGCUCCAGGUAUGAUGCCUCCUAGUGUGUCUACCCCCUUCAUCCCUGCCACCCCCAUGAGUCCUGGAGGUGCUGCCAUUCCUGCUUUGUCAUCUGGUCCUGAAGUACUCUUCUCUGGGAAGCACAAUGGCAUCAGUGUUUACUUUACUCGCAUACUUGGCAACAUCUGGGAUGGGAGUCUGGCAGUGGAGAUGCCGAUCAGUAAAGGAAGCCAAACUGUGAAUAUUAUGGAGAGCACAGCAAGUUCAUCUGAUCUGGAGUCAGUUCUGCAGGAGCUGCAAGGCCUGAAGGAGUUUCUUGAUAAGAACUCCCAGUUCAGCCCCACUUCUUUAGGUGCAGCAAGUUUCAGCUCUCCUGCCAACCUACAGCAGAGGCUGCUGGGAUUUAUGCGUCCAGAUGGUGCCAGCUCACAGCAAGUCCAGCAAGAGCUUCAAAGGAAAUAUCACACUGAAGCUCAGGCCUAUGAGAAGGCAUCUCUGCAGGGUAUCCAGCAACUGGUGCACCGCUCCUUUCAAACUUUAGCUCUCUGGAAGCUCCUGUGUGAUCACCAGUUCAGCCUCAUCAUCUCUGAACUGCCUAAGGACUUCCAGGAACAGCUGAAAGCCAUCAGCUUUAAAGAUGUGGUGACUCGCGGCCGUGAGCUGACCGGAGCACUCGUCACUGCCCUCAUCAACGUCUACAUUAAAGACAGUGCCUCCGUGGACGCCAUCAGCUGCCAUCUGCGCGAGAUCUGUCCUCUUUUGUACAGCAGUGAUGACAGUGUCUGUUCUAAGGCCAAUGAGCUGCUACAAAGCUCCAGGCAGGUCCAGAAUAAGGCAGAGAAGGAGCGCAUGCUCAAAGAGUCGUUACGGCUGUACCAACAGAUCAGCCACCACACAGACCUGCCGCUUGUUUGUUCCCAAUAUCGACAAGUUCGUUUCUAUGAAGGUGUUGUAGAGCUGUGCCUCACAGCGGCUGAUAAGAAAGACCCCCAGAGAUUGGGCCCACACUUUUAUAAGAACGGCGAGCCAGAGGAGGAUGCUGUUGGACAACAAGCCUUCCAGGAAAGGUUGUUAUGUUAUAAGUGCAUCACGGACACCAUGCAGGAGUUGGUAAACCAGAGCAAAGCAGCUCCUCAGUCUCCCAGUGUCCCCAAGCAGCCUGGACCCCCAGUCAUGACAUCAGAUCCCAAUAUGCUUAGCAAUGAGGACGCUGCUGCCCAUUUUGAGCAAAUGCUUGGCUUAGCUCAGAGGUCGCAAGACGAACUGUUCCACAUCGCUCUUUAUAAUUGGCUCAUCCAGGCUGACCUCACUGACAAACUCCUUGAGGUGAACUCUCCCUACCUUGAGGACCAUUUAAUGCACAUGAUAAAGCAGGACCAGAACAAAGUGCGCAACAUGGAUCUCCUGUGGCGUUACUACGAGAAAAGCCGCAACUUUGGCAAAGCGGCUCAUGUCCUUGCUAGGCUAGCUGACAUGCACAGCACAGAGAUUUCUCUGAAACAGCGGCUGGAGUACAUCUCCCGGGCCAUUCUCUCAGCCAAGAGCUCGUCUUGCAUCUCAUCCAUGGGAGCUGAUGGCGAAUUCCUGCAUGAACUAGAGGAGAAGAUGGAGGUGGUGCGUAUUCAGGUGCAGAUUCAGGAAACACUGAGCAGACAGUACUCACAGCAUCCCUCUGUACAGGGAGCAAUAUCUCAGCUUGACUCUGAGCUAAUGGACAUCACCAAGCUUUAUGGAGAAUUUGCAGACCAUUUCCGGUUGUCUGAGUGUAAGCUGGCCAUUAUUCACUGUGCUGGCCAUUCAGAUCCUAUCCUGGUCCAGUCUCUGUGGCAGGAGAUAAUGGAGAAAGAGCUGAGUGACAGUGUGGCUAUGAGUCCAGCAGACCGCAUGCGGGCCUUGAGUCUGAAGCUGGUAUCCCUGGGGAAACUGUAUGCCGGAACACCACGAUACUUUCCUCUGGAGUUCCUAGUCAAGUUUCUGGAGCAGGAGGUAUGUAAGCUCAACUGGGAUGUGGGCUUUGUCACCUUCACCAUGCAGGAGAUUGGCGUGCAGCUCCCACGUCUGCUGGAAGUGUAUGAUCAGCUCUUCAAGAGCCGGGAUCCAUGUUGGCAGCGCCUAAAGAAGCCUCUCCACUUAGUAGAAUGUAUUCAUGUGCUUCUGUCAGGAUAUGUGGACGACCCCAGCAGAGUGCCCACUUAUGACAGGCGGAGGUUCACCAAUGUAUGUCUGGACAACAUCUGUGGCUAUCUGGUGGAGCUUCAGUCUCUGAGCCCCAAUGCUGCCCUGCAGGAAAUCAUUCGCAACUUCAAAUCUCUACAAGCCAAACUGGAGAAACUGCAUUAAGACCAGAGAGUGGCAUCUUGCAUAGUAACAUGAAUGUAUGAAUCAAUGGCUUUUGUCUCAUUGCUGCUGUUCUGUUACUUCCGUGCUCACUUAAGAGUUUGAAAGUAGUACCAAUGACCUAGGAGAGUUUACUGAAAUGGGGAAAAAUGCUAAGGGAUUAAGUGUAUUAAUAGCACUCACUCCUUUAAAUAUGCAACCUCAGAUUUUCAAACAAUUCCAGCAGACUUCUGAUCUAAAAGUUUACCUCUCUUAGUGCCUGGAAAGUCUUUACAUCUCUGUUUUAAGCAUACAGGAAUUAAGUUGCCAAACUUUUCAAAGGUGCUGUGGGUUCACAAGAGAGAGGAUUGGAACAGUGACCUUUUUUGCAAACUUCAGUGAUUUUCCGUGUUUGUCAAAAGGGUUUGAUAUAAUUUUGCAAGAAAGGUCUAUGAAUCUUUGUCUAGGACCCGGAAAUGGCUAAAAGGAGGUACAGCUUCCCUGUUGAACAGCAAAAGAAUCCUCUGAUUGUUGGAUGAAGCUGUUUCAAAUUGUGCUUGCAGUGGUAAGCUCAUUGCUGACACUUCCAUAUUGAUGGAAAUUUGUGCUCAUGUUUAUCAUGGAUUCACAGUAGUCUAAUUAGAAUGUGCCUGUGAGAUGAAAUUGAAAGCGCUUCACAAAAUUGGGUGAAACACGAGCCAAACUGUAGUGCUCGGGAUGUCUGCCUCUAGGUUGUCUAAGGUUUAGGUUGUCUUUAUUUUGCUGUCAGAUUUUUCUGAUUUUUUUUUUUUUUUUUUUUUUGGCAUGUAGCCUAGUGUCAAUAUUUAAAAUGUCACAUUUGUUUGUCACGAGGCAGAUUCUAUAUUGGCUACCUUUUUUAAAUUACAGUUUUUAUAUAAAACACUUGCCUCUUUUUGAUAAAUGGUAGAAGUAGGUUUGAUUGUUUGAAUUUGUAAUGUAAAGCAACAUAAAAUAAAUAAUCUCUCAAUCCAA